AUGGCACGAAAACCACCUGACAAUGACACUAGAAUCAAAGACUUGAAUCUCAAACCCAAUGCCAAGAUUAUGAUGAUGGGCACCAGAGAAGAAAAAUUGGCUGACGUUAUCAAACCUUCUGACGAAGUACUCAAUAAUGAAGUUGUAAAUGAUUUUGACAUUGAAGAAGAUGAUGUUUUAUUAGAAAACAGAGAAGAAAACUUAAGCAAGAUAGCUAAAAGAGUGUCCGAUUACAAGAUAAAUGUCCUGAAUGARCCUGAUCAAAACAAAAAGCUACUUGUCCUUGACGUGGACUAUACRCUGUUUGAUCACAAGUCUGUAGCAGAGAGUGGAUACGAGCUAAUGCGUCCCUAUCUCCAUGAGUUCCUUACAUCAGCCUUUGAGGAUUACAACAUUGUUAUAUGGUCAGCCACUAGCAUGAAAUGGAUUGAAGCUAAAAUGAAAGAACUCAACAUGACCAACCACCCUGAUUAUAAAAUGUGUUUCUWCCUGGACAGCUGUGCAAUGAUUACUGUCCAGGCUCCCAGGUAUGGUGUUAUAGAGACCAAGCCUUUGGGUGUAAUYUGGGGUAAAUAUCCAUGCUUCAACAGCAAAAACACAAUUAUGUUUGAUGAUUUGAGAAGAAAUUUUUUAAUGAAUCCACAAAAUGGACUCAAGAUCCGUCCUUUCCGUGAAGCACAUUUCAAUAGAGACAAAGACAAAGAGCUACUGAAGCUGAAGAAGUAUCUCAAAGCUAUUGCAAAACUUGAUGACUUYUCCAAACUUAACCACAAACAUUGGGAAAGAUACUCAAGCUAGCACUGAAAUACUCAAGCAUGACUAGAUAGAAUGAAAUUCUACUGUGUACAUAUCUUUUAUCAAAAUGUUCGAAAUUAUUUAAUGUACAAUAAUGUAUCUAAUGCACUUUGAUUGUCUAAUAGUAAAAUUAUAUUGAACUCAAACGUCUAAA